AUGAAGAUCUUUGCCAGAGUCAUUGUCCCCGCGCUGGCGAGCACUGCGUGCAUCGUGGAGGGAAAGGCAACCAGCAAGAGAACCGAGAGCCCGGCUGGACCCCCGGCACAAAUGCCCCCGAUGAUGGGCGAGGCAGGACCGGCACCGCCCGUGAGCGGGCCACUCCAGGCGGUCCCCGCUGCCAAGAGCUCAUCCCAAUAUGGCAGCUCCGCCAAGGAGGCUGCCCCGAUGCCGCCACCCAUGAUGCCAGCUGCUCACUCUUCAAGCUCAAGCUCGAGCUCAAGCUCGGAAUGCUGCGGUGCCAGCUCAAGCGGCGGCGCAAAGGCCAUGCCGGGAGAAAGCACAAAGCCGGCGCCCAGCAGCCAAAACGCUGCGGCACCACACAUGAUGCCGCCAGCGCCCAUGAUGCCACCACCGAUGAUGCCACCGCCGAUGAUGCCGGCUCACGCUUCAGGCAUGAGCUCCAGCCCGAGCGCAGGGUGCUGUGGUUCCAGCGGCAGCAAGCCUGCUGCUGAGGCCCCAAUGGCCGGAUCAAGCAAGAUGCCAAAUUCAUCAGAGUCUUCGCCUCCCAAGAUGGGCAGCGAGGGUUCGAGCUACAAAUCGCCCCCGAUGGAAGCAUCACCUCCCAAGAUGGGCAGCGAGGGCUCGAUGGGCAGCCGCAAGUCACCCCCGAUGGAAGCAUCACCUCCCAAGAUGGGCAGCGAGGGCUCAAUGAGCAGCCGCAAGUCACCCCCGAUGGAAUCUUCACCUCCUCCCAAAAUGGGUGGCGAGGCAGCCAUGCCAUCCAAACCCGAAAUGGGGUCAAAGGGCGGGUCGGAAGGGUCCAAAUGCUGCGGAGGCGGCGCCAAGAUGCCAUCCGGAGAGUCGCCCAAGGGCAUGGGCGGUGGAGGCAUGGCCGCUGCUCCUGCCGCAGGGGGCCAGGCCGCAAAUGGCGGCGAGACGGUCGUCAUCGUCAUCGGCAACCACGGCGGCGGUGCCGCGGCCCCCCCGCCCGUCGCUGCCCAGCCGAGCACCAACUCGACCGCGGGCACCAAGACACCACCUGCGUCGGGCAGCGGCGUCAGCCUCCUCCCGCCCCCGUCGUCCGGGUCCAGCAAAAAAAACGGCACCGCAGAGAUGAGCGGCGGCAAGAAGAAGGGCAAGAUGAUGGGCAACAAGGGCAAGAACAACGGCACGGAAAUGAUGAAGCCCGGCAAGAUGAGGGGCGGCAAGGGCAUGAACAACGGCACGGCGAUUCUCAAGCCUCCUCCAAAGUCUGGCGGCAGCAGCAACGGCACCACGGGCGCCAGGCCGCCCUCUGGUGGCGGUUCAUCGGGUGGCGGCCUCACCGGCGCGUCUCCCGUGACCUCCAACUCGACAAGGGGCCCGGGGGGUGGGGGUCUUCCGACGGCCAGCUCUGCGGAUGGCAGGCUUCAUCCGUUUGGUUUUGCAUAUGAAACCACGUCGUACGUGGUGGCUCUGGUUUCGGCGGUAGCAUUGGCGAGUUGUCUGUAG